AUGAUUCGAUACAAGCCUACACGUAUUGCUCUGGGCGAUGAGGAUCUCCGCUAUCAUCUGGAAAGGCUGCUUAUUCGCCAUUCUCGCAUGGCCGAGUGGCAUCGGCAAGACCUCGACCGUGACAGCUAUAGUGAUGAUAGUGUAGCCUUCUUGGGUUCGGAUUUCUUUUCGCCCUACAACCUCUCUCCGGGCGGUUCCGUCUGCAGCUCGGGCCCCGACUCUCCUAGUCAAGGUUCCUGGCAGUCGAAUCAAGACUUUGAAGUUGGCCAUUCAGGAUUAUCCUCCUUGUUCAAUGAACCAGAUGACUCAUUGUCUGUGGUGGUGCAAGAUGAGAUGCGGACCAUGAGCACCUGCUCAUCAGGUCUCCGUGGGCCCCUGUCCAAAAAGUCCUCUCGAACAGGUGAAGAGCACCAUGUGACAGAGACUACGCAUCAACUCUCAUUGAAGACUAUUGACAGCAGGCAACUCUCCGGUCAAUCACCGGGAAAGCGGGGCCGUGAAAGGCUGCAUCCUCAUUCACUGACCUGCCAGCCUCUCACUAUAGCAACCGUACCAUCCAUCAAUAUCCCCGCUAGUGUUUUCUCGAAGAAUGGUGGAAGGUGCUUGAUAGUACCACAUCGUCCCUCAAUUUCUCACCCGCUUCUCCUUGGCAUCAGGGAACUGAAUCGAGAAACUCUUUCAUGCAGCACUCAGUUGGCAGGUAGCUUGCUGAAUUUCAUAGACACACCGGAUGAAGUAGAGAACCUGAGACAGACGUGGUCGACAAUUAAAGUGCAAGAUUCGGAUCUCCGUCCGAGCCUUGAUCUCGAGAUCCGCUCAGGAUCCACAUGUGUUAAUCUAGCUGCGCAACAAACACAAUUAGUUGACUUUCCUGCACGGCCCUCUUCCACACCAAAGGCGGCGCUGGAGGUGAUCAAGAUGCCCGGUGCAGAUAUUUCGACCAGGAAGACACGCGGCCAGCGGGCCAACCUCUCGUUGCCGGGGUCUGCUGCCGUCCAUCACAAUGGCCCUGGUGAAAGAUCGGGUGCAGAGAUUACAAAAGCUCCAGUAGCACUUCCCACUAAAUUGCAGAACAGUGCGAGGCCAAGGUCCACCGGAGCACAUCGGUCCAACCCCAUUCGAAAAGCUCCUAGGAAUAUAGUCUCGCAUGGUACGCAGACUCAGACUGAGCAGGCGUCGUUAUUACCUGAGCAAGGCCAUGGGGGAACGGUAACACAUCAGGCUGUGAAUUCCUCGCUAGCUGCUCCAGCAGAGGGAGUCCAAAACCAUGGUCAUGAACACAAUCCUCCGCAAGAACACAUGGUGCGGGAGGGGCCCGCCAUUUCAGGGCUACUUCGAAAUAUGCGUUUUCAGAAGAGUCAGAACGCCAAUAGAUUCAAUUUAAUUGCUUCUAUGCCAUCGGCAAAUCCACCGGUACCCGGUGGUAGAGGAAGCAUGGCAGCUCCACAUGACCACCGCUCCGAACCAUGCAUGGAUACCCGAGCGUCGGUCAACCCGUACCUGAAGGAGGCCAUGGAGUUCGAUAGCUACGUCACCUUCAUGACGGAUGAGUUAUACGAGAAAGUUGAGGUUGAUGUCAAGGACUAUGGCCCAACCAUUCUAGGUUUAACCCAGCAAUUAAGCUCGCAGGGUAAUUGUUGAUGAUGGCGUGUUGUGUGGAGAGGGAACGGUUGGGAUGACAGCAGGGUGGAUAGGAGCAUGUCAUCCGCGGUGGGGAGACAGCUGAAAAACAAAAAGCACCGACGACAGUUGAUAUCACGCCUAGUCAAGGACAGACAGAGAGGGUCAUGGGAACUGCUGUGAGGGGAUAGGAUUGAUUGAGUGAUGAUACGUCGACCUCCUUGCUGCACCGGAGAAUUUGGCCCGUACCGGGGAAAAGUGAGCUUCUAAUGCUAAAAUUGACUUGCUUGGGAUUCCAUCCCUAUGAGGUGUCAUAUGGUCGGAGGUGUAUUCAAGAUUCUCAUACGCCAUGCAGGGCUCAGCCAUUUUGCCUCAACCUGUUGCGUGGAUGGGACGUAAAGCAUGGGGGGCGGAGUUGGUGUCCGGACCCAAUGAAG